AUGGCACUGAUGAAUGACGCUGAAGACAUGAAGACUUUGGAGCCCCUUCGGAAGGACCAAUUUUCCCUCGAUCCAACUAUUCGACUGACGUUUAUUUCGUUGCUUCUAUGUGGACUCGUCUCCGUAUUGAAUGACAUGUCAUCACAGGUGAUAGCACAACGCUAUCUAUGUGCAAGCACAUCGAGGACUGCACAAAAGUCGACUCUUCUGGCGUUGCCCCUUGAAGCUUUACGGAUUUUGAUGUUUGCCUCCACUGGCAUAGCUCUGUAUGCAUUUUAUAACAAUAAAUUGACUGCCUUAAUUCCUGCUGUGAAUAAUACCGACACUCUAAGCAAUAUAGAUGACGUCACUGCACCUCGUUAUGAACCCAAUUAUAAGGAACCAGAACAGGUACUGUAA